CUCAUUUUUUCUCUCUUUCACCUCCUCCGGCCUCGGGACUCCGGCCUGGGUGACGCGCAGCCCCCUCCCGGCCCUGCAGCCCCUGCGCGGGCGGCGCCCCUCGGACCCCCGGGCGCUGAGGGCCCGAGGGCCGGGGCCCAGGGGGAAGCCGGCGGCCUGCGCGGAGGAGGCGGCCGGCGCGGCUGGCGGAGCAUGAGCGCCCCAGAUUCCGGCCAUCACAGCUCUAGAUCCCGAGGAAGACUGGCUCGGGGAAGGCCAGGCACCGGCCUGGAGGCGUAGAAGUCAGACCUCCAUCACGGGACAGCAGCCGCUGUCUACGGAGCACCGACUACAUGCCAGGAGGAGGACCAGAGAUGGAUGACUAUAUGGAGACACUGAAGGAUGAAGAGGAUGCCUUGUGGGAGAAUGUGGAGUGCAACCGGCACAUGCUGAGUCGCUACAUCAACCCAGCCAAGCUCACCCCCUACCUGCGCCAGUGUAAGGUCAUUGAUGAGCAGGAUGAAGACGAAGUGCUCAAUGCACCCAUGUUGCCUUCCAAGAUCAACCGGGCAGGCCGACUGUUGGACAUUCUACAUACCAAGGGCCAAAGGGGCUACGUGGUCUUCUUGGAGAGCCUGGAAUUUUACUACCCGGAACUGUACAAACUGGUGACUGGAAAGGAGCCUACCCGGAGAUUCUCUACCAUUGUGGUGGAGGAGGGCCACGAAGGCCUCACGCACUUCCUCAUGAACGAGGUCAUCAAGCUGCAGCAGCAGAUGAAGGCCAAGGACCUACAGCGGUGCGAGCUCCUGGCCAAGUCGCGGCAGCUGGAGGACGAGAAGAAGCAGCUCACCCUGACUCGAGUGGAGCUGCUGACCUUCCAGGAGCGGUACUACAAGAUGAAGGAGGAGCGUGACGGCUACAACGACGAGCUGGUCAAGGUGAAGGACGACAACUACAACUUGGCCAUGCGCUACGCCCAGCUCAGUGAGGAAAAGAACAUGGCGGUCAUGAGGAGCCGAGACCUCCAGCUCGAGAUUGACCAACUAAAGCAUCGGCUGAAUAAAAUGGAGGAGGAGUGCAAGCUGGAGAGGAACCAGUCUCUGAAGCUCAAGAAUGAUAUUGAGAAUCGGCCCAAGAGGGAGCAAGUCCUGGAGCUGGAGCGGGAGAAUGAGAUGCUAAAGACCAAAAUCCAGGAGCUGCAGUCCAUCAUCCAGGCCGGAAAGCGCAGCCUGCCGGACUCGGACAAGGCCAUCCUGGACAUCCUGGAGCAUGACCGCAAGGAGGCUCUGGAGGACCGGCAGGAGCUUGUCAACAAGAUCUACAACCUGCAGGAGGAGGUCCGCCAGGCAGAGGAGCUGCGGGACAAGUACCUGGAGGAGAAGGAGGACCUGGAGCUCAAGUGCUCGACGCUGGGCAAGGACUGUGAGAUGUACAAACACCGCAUGAACACGGUCAUGCUGCAGCUGGAGGAGGUGGAGCGCGAGCGGGACCAGGCCUUCCAUUCCCGGGACGAAGCGCAGACCCAGUACUCACAGUGCUUAAUCGAAAAGGACAAGUACAGGAAGCAGAUCCGAGAGCUGGAGGAGAAAAAUGACGAAAUGAGGAUUGAGAUGGUCCGGCGGGAAGCCUGCAUCGUCAACCUGGAGAGCAAGCUCCGGCGCCUCUCCAAGGACAGCAGCGGCCUGGACCAGAGUCUGCCCAGGAACCUGCCGGUGGCCAUCUCUCAGAAUUUUGGGGAUGCCAGCCCCAGGACCAACGGGCAGGAAGCUGACGACUCGUCUACAUCGGAGGAGUCCCCAGAAGACAGCAGAUACUUCCUGCCCUACCACCCGCCCAAGCGCAGGAUGAACCUGAAGGGCAUCCAGCUGCAGAGAGCCAAAUCCCCCAUCAGCCUGAAGCGAACCUCAGAUUUCCAAGGGCGAGGCCAUGAAGAAGAAGGCACGGACGCCAGCCCCAGCUCCUCCAGAUCCCUGCCCAUCACCAACUCCUUCUCCAAGAUGCAACCCCACCGAAGCCGCUCCAGCAUCAUGUCCAUCACGGCCGAGCCCCCCGGAAACGACUCUAUCCUCAGGCGCUACAAGGAAGACGCGCCUCACCGCAGCACAGUCGAGGAAGACAAUGACAGUGGCGGGUUCGAUGUCUUGGACUUUGACGAUGACAGUCACGAUCGCUGCUCCUUCGGACCCCCGUCCGUCCACUCCUCCUCCUCCUCCCACCAGUCCGAGGGCCUGGACGCCUACGACCUGGAGCAAGUCAACCUCAUGUUUAGGAAGUUCUCUCUAGAAAGGCCCUUCCGGCCAUCUGUCACGUCCGUGGGGCACGUGCGGGGUCCCGGGCCCUUGGUGCAGCACACCACGCUGAACGGCGACAGCCUCAUCUCACAGCUCACCCUGCUCGGGGGUAACGCGCGAGGGAGCUUCGUCCACACGGUCAAGCCGGGCUCCCUGGCCGAGAAGGCCGGCCUCCGCGAGGGCCACCAGCUGCUGCUGCUGGAAGGCUGCAUCAAAGGCGAGCGGCAGAGCGUCCCGUUGGACACGUGCACAAAGGAGGAGGUGCACUGGACCAUCCAGAGAUGCAGCGGCCCCAUCACACUGCACUACAAGGUCAACCAGGAAGGGUACCGGAAGCUGCUGAAGGACAUGGAGGAGGGCCUGAUCACCUCGGGGGACUCCUUCUACAUCCGGCUGAACCUGAACAUCUCCAGUCAGCUGGACGCCUGCUCCCUGUCCCUGAAGUGUGAUGACGUUGUGCACGUCCGCGACACCAUGUACCAGGACAGGCAUGAGUGGCUGUGCGCACGGGUCGACCCCUUCACGGACCACGACCUGGACGCGGGCACCAUACCCAGCUACAGCCGAGCCCAGCAACUCCUCCUGGUCAAGCUGCAGCGUCUGAUGCACAGGGGCAGCCGAGAGGAGGUGGACACCACCCACCACACCCUGAGGGCGCUCCGGAACACCCUGCAGCCCGAAGAGCCGCUUUCCACCAGUGACCCCCGAGUCAGUCCCCGCCUCUCUCGAGCAAGUUUCCUUUUUGGCCAGCUCCUUCAGUUUGUCAGCAGGUCUGAGAACAAGUACAAGAGAAUGAAUAGCAACGAGCGAGUCCGUAUUGUCUCGGGGAGCCCGCUGGGGAGCCUGGCCCGGACGUCCCUGGAUGCCACCAAACUCUUGACUGAGAAGCAGGAAGAGCUGGACCCCGAGAGUGAGCUCAGCAAGAACCUCAGCCUGAUCCCCUACAGCCUGGUGCAUGCCUUCCACUGUGAGCGCCGCCGGCCCGUCCUCUUCACACCCACCAUGCUGGCCAAGGCGCUGGUCCAGAAGCUGCUCAACUCGGGGGGCGCGAUGGAGUUCACCAUGUGCAAGCCAGAUGUUGUCACCAGAGACGAGUUCCUCAGGAAGCAGAAGAUGGAGACCAUCAUCUACUCCCGAGAGAAGAACCCCAACACUUUUGAAUGCAUUGUUCCCGCCAACAUUGAAGCUGUGGCCGCCAAGGACAAACACUGUCUGCUGGAGGCUGGAAUCAGCUGCACCAGAGACUUGAUCAAGUCCGGGAUCUACCCCAUCGUGCUCUUCAUUCGGGUGUCGGAGAAGAACAUCAAGAGGUUCAGGAAGAUGCUGCCACGGCCCGAGACGGAGGAGGAAUUUCUGCGGCUGUGCCGGCUGAAGGAGAAGGAGCUAGAAGCCUUACCCUGCCUGUACUCCACAGUGGAAGCCGACAUGUGGGGCAGUGUGGAGGAGCUGCUCCGUGUCCUCAAAGACAAGAUCAGCGAGGAGCAGCGCAAGACCGUCUGGGUGGACGAGGACCAGCUGUGAGCGGGCCCCUGGAGUCUGAGCGCAGCUCCCAGGGGUGUCCGGACCCCCAGCGGGCGGUGCCGUGGGGGCAAGGGGGCUCCGUCCACCCUGUUACGGGGACCCCCAGCCCCAGAGAGCCCCGGGGCAGACGCAGCUGCAGGGACAGACACUCUCCGGUGGGAACGGGACGGGUGUGUGCACCCCCAACCCCCGGGGCUGACCUGGCUGAGGCGUCCCACCCCAUGGCACCAGCAGGGAGGCAGGGCCCCCCGAAGGACACGACGCCAGGCCGGAGGCCAGUGGCCCCUCGGAAGUCAGAGCAGCAGAUGAAUGUAAUGCAUGGAGCAGGUGUGCUUCCUGUAGGGCAGGGACCCAGAAUGCCAGGGCACCUGCCAGCCCUCGGGACACACCAGAUACACAUUUCCCAGGCAGGGCAGUUAGGGUGGAAUGGGAAACGUGCCAUGCUAUUAUUUUUCUUGCAUUAAAAUCUCUCCAUUUCCUUGUUUUCAACCUUUUUAAAAAUUAUUAUUUCAUCGCUGGCAGAGGUGUCCAACUCUUGCCCCCUCUGUAACCUGCAAACCACUUCUGCAAAGCUAAGGUCAGGCCCCACGUCGGGUGCAGGCAGGGAGAGCGGACGUCCCAGUCUACCCAGGACACACCUGAUUUGUACCUGGGCUUUGGGCGGGAUGAAUAACAGCCCCUCUUUGACUAACAUACGUCCUGAUUUGGGUGACAAGUUAUCAAGUCACUCUGGGAAGGACCCAUCCUUCCAUAGGCUGCUUGGGAGGUUGCCCCCGCCCCCCCCGACUCCAGCCCUGAGGCCAGAGCCCCUUACUCUGCUCUCCCUACACAGGCUCUCUGCUUCUCUGCACGUCACGUUCAUACACGCAGCCUCACUUCCUCUUUCCAUUCAGCAUGUGGGGUAUGGGUCUCGAUGGGGCUUGCUCCCACUGCCCAGGAGCUGGGGCAGGGAGUGUGUGUGCAGGAGAGCCGUGCUUCCCUCCACAGCAGAUGGCAAAGGCCCUGUGGGUUCUAGAGCCAUUCGCCUCCUUGACCCCUUCCUGCAGACUUUCCAAGUAUGGACCCGACCGGGCUUGGCCAAAACCAGGCCACGCCCAGCCUGGUCACCACGCUGAGUAUUCAUCAUCCGGGUGGGUGGCAGGCUGGGCUUCCAUCCCAGGUCUCUGUGUUCAUGAGAACUGUGGGAGAAACUGCUGGUUGACAGCCCAGUCUCCACACUCCCUUCCUUACUAACAGAAUCCUGUUUUUAUUCUGGAAAAUUGUGUACAGCUAAGAGACCAUAUAUCCCAGCCUCCCUUGCAGCUAGGGAGGAAUCAGGGAAAUGUAAGGCAACAAGGUUUGGAGGAAAGACAAAGCAGACAAACAGCCCUUCCUCUAGUUUCCUGACUGGACUACAGAUGCGAUGGCUGGAGCUCCAGCAGUCAUCUUGGAUCUUGAGGUGACCUUGAGAAUGGAAACUCUGCUCAGAGAGUGGUGAAAAGAGAAAAGGAGUCUGAGUCACUGAUGGCACUUUGGAGCCCAGGAUUACUGCUUGGGUUUUGUUUACAUGGGACAGAAGUAAAUUUUUAUCUUGUGUUCAACGGCUGUUAUUUCAGUCCUUGGUUUCUUACAGCUUAAAGCAAUUCCUAACAGAUACAGGAACAACCCCUGGUCUUACAUACCAUGGGCAUGCAUUGAUCUGCUAGGUUUGGGCCGCAUAUUCAAG